AUGGCUAUUUGCACGUGUCACAAUCUAGGCCGUCCAUUAAUUGUUCCUCUCAGUUUGACUAAAAUUCCCUCUCGAAACUGCAAGUUCUCAGUUCAGAGUUGCAGUUUAAGUUCUAAUCAAUCCCAAAAGAAACUGGUUGUUGAAGUAAAGGAGAAGCUUGGAAGAGAUUACCAUAGUCUUCCAGUAGGAAAAAAUGGAAGAGAUGAUGAAGAAAUGAUCCUUUGGUUUCUAAAAGACAGGAAAUUUUCUGUCGAUGAAGCUGUUUCAAAAUUGACCAAAGCCAUUAAAUGGCGUGCAGAAUUUAGAGUGUCGGAACUGUCUGAGGAGUCGGUGAAAAGUAUAGCAAACACUGGAAAAGCCUAUGUGCAUGAUUCUCUUGAUGUCUAUGGAAGGCCGGUGCUUAUGGUGGUGGCAUCCAAUCACUUUCCUGCUGUGCAUGAUCCUAUUGAAAAUGAGAAGCUAUGUGUUUUUCUAAUUGAGAAGGCACUGCAAAAGCUUCCAGCUGGAAAAGAACAAAUAUUAGGAAUAUUUGAUCUCCGGGGAUUCAGUAAUGAGAACGCAGAUCUUAAGUUCUUGACCUUUCUGUUUAAUGUAUUUUACUACUAUUAUCCGAGUCGGUUGGGCCAAGUCCUCUUUGUGGAAGCUCCCUUCAUAUUUAAGCCAAUUUGGCAUGUGGCCAAGCCUUUGUUAAGAUCAUAUGCGUCUCUGGCGAGCUUUUGUUCUGUGGAAACGCUGAGGAAGGAGUACUUUACAGAAGAAACUUUGCCAACAAACUUUAGAGAGUGA